UCCACCCCCUGAUUUCUCUCUCACUUCUCUAUAGUUUCACUUGAUUGGCCAAGUACUUAAAGAUGCAAAGAAUGGCUGCAUUGCAUCUAAAUGUAAUAAUUUAUGGUUUAAUAUUGACAAGGUUAUGUGUACUUUUAUAGAUACUUUGCAAGCUGCAAUAAUGAACAUGUUGAAAAGAAUUUUCUGCCAAACUAUGAUAUGCUAGGAUUUUAUGAUAGACUAACACUUAAGUUUUCACAAGUAAAUAUCUAAAAAAACGAAAAUGGAUCAUUUGUACUCGGCCGCCUUUACUCUGAUAUCCCUAACUAAAAUCUAUCUAGGUGCCUUCAAAAGUCGCCUGUGUAUAAUUUAAGCUCACUACAGAGACAGCGGUUCUGUGAAGGCCUCAAAUGAGAGAGAACACUAGUGAUCAAGUCGAAUCAUGAAGACCAAGGAAUGCACCAGACAAGCUGGGGAUAAAGUUUCCAAGUUUUAAAUCAGUUACGUUACAAAACGAUAUCCCAAGUUUCAUUAUUUCACCAUAUACUGAUCAAACCAUUAUUCAAAACUGGACACCUACUGAUGCUUUACUUGAGAGCUGUUUAUAACCUUGAGACAAAAAAUAUGAACCAAAACAAGUCCAUAAAUACAGAUGCCUCUGUGCAAACAUCUAAAACUAUGGUUCACRUUUGAACAGAUGUAACUCAAGUGCAGACAAACCUCUGCUUAUGGCUGUUGGAGGCUUUUUUUUUAACAUCAAGUGUAUUACAGUUUUUAUUCCUGAGGCAAAAAAUAAACCUUAGUGCACUUGAAAUAUUUCCAUUUUAAUUUUUUUAAACCUCACAACAAAUUUGUGUUGUACUGUUUGUUGAUCUGCUUCAUAUGUAGUCCGUAUAUACAACAAACUUUAAAUGUAAGCUUAAUUUUACAUCAGUUGAGUUCAGAUAGUUAUUUCUGUGGAAGUAGUUUGAGAUUAAAAACUGCAGAAUUAAGUCCAUUUAGGUAUUAUUAAAACAAAGCUGUAGGAAUAUUUUUCGAUUAAUGGCAUAUUUGUGCUCUAUGUUGUAAAAUCACUGAUCUGACAGUUUUAAACUGCAUAAUUAAAUCUAUAAUUAAGAAUAACAUAAGCUAACAACAAUGACGUCAGAUGCAAAGCUCACGACCUUGUUGAAAACAAGGUGGGGGGAUGGGGGAGUAUCAUUACAGCAUUGUGUGUAUUUUUGUUUUCAUAGCCUAGUCUAAAUUAAAAAGAAAAGGCUGAAUGUGUCUCAUUUUACGUUUAAGUAGCAUGGUUGUUGCUAGCCUUCAAGCUAACUUCUACGUGUGUCUUUUGUUUGCUUGAACCGCUCCUCCUCCCUGCCCCCCUUUUCCUGUGUUCCUCCGCGGUGGCGGAAGUAAGUCGUAUCGCCGAGGCCUCAUCCUUCCAAUGGCGACUGCAAACAGGCUGAAUAGAAAGCGGGAGCAACCGUGGAGGGAGGUCAGCGCCGUGUAGCCGAAAAAUAAAUAAAUAUAUCACAUUCUCUAUAGCCAUAAAGUUUUCCCGGAAUCUGGUUCACCUCUCCAAAACGCGGCCGAUUCCAUGGCCAAAAAUCGGAACAUUUCGCUCCUUGAGUCGGAGCUCUAUUACUUGAUUUCUCGUUUCCUAACUACGGGUCCCUGUCAGAGAGCGGCUGAGGUCCUCGCCCGUGAACUAGAGGAACAUCAGCUCUUACCAGGAAGAUUGGACUGGCUGGGAAACGAGCACCCGAGAACAUAUGAAGAUGUGGUCGUGGCCAACAGACACAUAGCACCUGACCAUUUGCUCCGGAUAUGUAAACAAAUUGGACCACUCCUUGACAAAGAGGUGUCAUCAUGUGUCCCAGGUGUACACUCRCUGCUGGGGUCUGGAAAGCAGUCCAUGCUCAGAACUGCAAAAGACUGCGACAAUGUGCGGUUGAAAGCUUCGACAUAUGCAGCCCUUCACCGGGGCAGACCACCAGAGAGGCCUUUGAACAGCAAACAACUUCCACACCUGGUAAAGGUGUAUCGAGGGAGAGAGCUGACAGGAGUGCAGCGCUUCAGCUCCAUCAGUCCUGUUKGCAACUACGAGCACAUGCGUCUGCAUCGGCGUAUUCUGGGGCAUCUGUCUGCAGUGUACUGUAUCGCGUUUGAUAGAACCGGUCUUCGUAUCUUCACAGGCUCAGAUGAUUGUCUAGUGAAGAUCUGGUCUUCUUUUGAUGGAAGGCUUCAUUCAACGCUGAGAGGACAUGCUGCAGAGAUCACAGACUUGGCUGUCAACUAUGAGAACACACUAAUUGCUGCAGGAAGUUGUGACAAAACCAUCCGUGUGUGGUGCCUUCGUACCUGUGCCCCCGUGGCUGUGCUGCAAGGACACAGUGGAUCUAUUACCUCCCUACAGUUUUCACCGUUUGCCAAGGGCUCCAAACGUUACAUGCUGUCAACUGGAACAGAUGCCACAGUUUGUUUCUGGCAGUGGGAUGCCAACAACAUCAACUUUAGCGAUCGGCCACAUAAAUUUAUCGAACGGCCGAGGCCUGGAGUGCAGACUGUGUGCUCCUCAUUCAGUCCAGGUGGGAUGUUCUUAGCAACAGGAAGUACCGAUGAUGUCAUUAGGAUAUAUUAUUUGGGUAACGGGAGCCCGGAGAAGGUAUCGGAGCUCCACGAGCACACGGACAAAGUUGACAGCAUCCAGUUUUGUCACUCAGGUGAAAGGUUUGUUAGUGGAAGUCGGGAUGGAACUGCACGAAUCUGGAAGCUCCAUCAGCGGCAGAGGUGGAGGUGCAUCCUGCUCAACAUGUCUGCUACUCUUCCUGGUGCUGAACCAACGAGUGAAGAAGAAAGCUACUUUAAACCCAAAGUAACCAUGGUAGCGUGGGAUCGUCAUGACAAUACAGUCGUCACGGCUGUGAACAACCAUCUCCUCAAAGUGUGGAACUCCUACACGGGGCAGCUGCUACAUAUCCUCAAAGGCCACGAGGCUGAGGUGUUUGUCCUGGAGCCACACCCCUUUGAUCCCAGGAUCAUCCUGUCUGCUGGCCACGACGGGAACGUCUUUAUCUGGGAUCUGCAGCGAGGGACGAACACGCAGCAUUACUUCAACAUGAUUGAAGGUCAGGGUCACGGAGCCGUGUUUGACUGCAAAUUCACUCCUGAUGGUCAUCGUUUUGCCUGCACAGACUCUCAUGGCCAUCUGCUCAUCUUCGGCUUCGGCAGCUCCAAGCCUUACGAAAAGCUUCCAGACCAGGUGUUUUUCCACACAGACUACAGGCCGCUCAUUCGGGAUGCCAACGGCUUUGUGUUGGAUGAGCAGACGCAGCAGGCCCCCCAUCUCAUGCCCCCGCCCUUCCUGGUAGAUGUCGAUGGGAACCCCCAUCCACCGAGAUACCAGCGUCUUGUCCCUGGAAGGGAGAACAUUGCUGCUGAGCACCUGGUUCCUCAGUUGGGAUAUGUAGCCACCAGUGAUGGYGAGGUGGUGGAGCAGGUCAUCAGCCAGCAGACUGCAGAACACGAGGAGGUCACGGUGAGACGCAGCAGCCUUCUGGACGAGGCCAUCCGACAACUCCAGGAGCAACAGGACCGACGGAGCCAGCCUCAGGCAGAAGCAACGAGGGGGUCCAGAGCUGGAGCAGAAGGACACGCUGAAGCCCACGGCCUGGUGUCGGCACCAGCACCAAGUACACCUCGCAGAGUGUCUGUAAAUGACCGAGCAGAUGUGCAGUCCCCUCCUAACGUGGGUCUGCGUCGCAGCGGACAAGUAGAGGGCGUGAGGCAAAUGCAUCAAAACGCUCCUCGCAGCCAGAUGGCCACUGAGAGGGACCUGCAGGCCUGGAGACGCAGAGUGGUGGUUCCUGAACUGGCAYCCAGCAGCUAUAGGAACCAGGAGGACAUUCGAAUAGUCCAAGGAGAUGAGGAGGUUCUUCUGUACAACACAAAGAAGAGACGUAUUUUCUACAGCUGCCGGGAUGAUUCCGAUGAAGAGCCCCCCACUGCAAAGCGAUCCCACGGCCGCAGAGGUUCACCAGAACUGAUUGAAUUCUCGUGUGAGGAGGGAGAGGAAACUGCCAGUUCCGAGGCGCACUCUGAGGAAAAUGAACUGGAUGGAAGUGAACUGGACACCUCUAAUGAUGAGGAGGAGUGGAACAGCGACACCUCAAGUCACACAUCCAGCGAGUACUCCGACUGGACAGCAGAUGCCGGCAUAAACCUGCAGCCCUCCACGCCCUUGUCGUCGCGUAAACGAGCGAGGCACACAAUCAGCAGCUCUGAGGAGGAGGAGGA